AUGCCUACUGCGUAAAUUCGCAAUAAGUACAGUUCAGUUCAAGGCUUUCAAAGUAAUACCUCUCGAAGUACCAGUACGAGAGAUACUCCCGUCGUAAAUAAGCGGUAAUCUUACAAGAACAGUAAUUACAAAGGUAUAUGGACGUAGUAAUACCGUGAUAGUUGAUUGAUUAACGUUGAAACAAAGGACGAGUAAGAUUACCGAGUUAAGUACUCGUCCGUCCUAGGUCCGUAUCUGGAUGGAAGAUUUUUGGAUAUUUACGUGAUUGAACUGGUGGAUGUAUUGUGGUAGGUAUUUGGUAGGACGAUAGUAUAAGUAAAUACCUCAAAAAUAGCAGAAGUUACCAAAAUCACCCCCCUCUUGUGCCACUAAUAGUCUCACAGUCUCACAGAUCAUCUUCUAUACUCCUAUACUCCCUAUACUCCUAUACUCCCUAUACUCCUAUACUCCCUAUACACCUAUACUCCCUAUACACCUAUACUCCCUAUACACCUAUACUCCCUAUACUCCUAUACUCCCUAUACACCUAUACUCCCUAUACACCUAUACUCCCUAUGCUCCUAUACUCCCUAUACACCUAUACUCCCUAUACUCCCUAUACUCCUAUACUCCCUAUCUCCCUAGCUCCCUCCCUAGGCACUGCGUAAAAAAAUACAACCCCAAUCUUCUCCAAUCUUCCCCAUUAUCUAUAUAAAAAGAACUUCUUUACUCGUACCAUACCCUUCUCACCACUACGUCACUACGCCACUUAAACCUUCUAAACAGUCCUUAACACCAUCUCCAUACUAUCUCCGUACUCUCUCCUACCAAAAUACCUUAGAGACGAUUUAUGAUUCAUCACGGUAGCAGGAUAAAGGGGGAACACUAUCACGUAGAUCAUAUAUAAGAAAGUUCAAUAUCGUUCAGAUCUAAGUGUUUGAUUCGCUGGUUUAGUUAAAAAACGGGGCUGAGGGAUAUUGUCGUUAGUGAUAGUGACAGUGUCCUACUUUAACUGUCUUUGGUAUGCUUGAUAUGUUGGAUAUGGGGGAGGAGAGAGGAGGGAUUUAGCUUGUUUGGUAUGUGUAAGACCCUAUACCAGUAGGUAUCAAUCAUCAACUAUCAAUCAUCCCCUACCCCCCUCCCAUCCCCCAAAACCCUCUCAACCCCAUUCCCCACCCCUAACCCCUCACCCUCCCCUCCACCACCCCCUGAUGCCCCCUCAUCCACACCCCCACAACCUCCACGCCCACACUCCCCAGCAACGUCCGAAACUCCUUCUCACUCCGCUCCUUACCACCAAUAGAAAGCAUCACCAUAUCCAUCCAGUAGGGACUCAUAUCCUCACCUACCUCGGUUCGGGCGGGGAUGACGAGGUCGGCGAUGAGGAGACGCGAGGAGGGGCCCAUGGCGGCGACGGUGUUGCGGAGGAUGCGGAGGGCGAGGGGGUCGUGGUAGUUGUGGAGGAUGCGGCGGAAGUAGUAGAUGUGUGCGUCUGGGGAUAUUAG